CUAUCUCAUGGGAGGAGUAGCCCAUGUGUAAGAUGCUGAAGAAAAUUCCCCCACAUGUAUGAAGCAUGUUUAACCAAUUGUCUUCCAGUCAGUCUCCUCCCUCAGGUAUCUGUCCCAGUGGCUAUAAAUUGAGAUGAGAUUAGACAAAAUAUAAACACUCUUCUGAACUCUUCAGUAAGAUCUUACCAAGGAGAUUUUACCUCUCAGAAGUCAGAAAUUUUCUCCACUGAGCCAGCAGCUUCUCCACUCCCUGAGGGUCCACUCCUCUCUUCUCUGCCUCCAGAAGAUCCAGCAGCUUGUCCAGCAGCAGCAUGACUCCUCAUGGCCUCCUCCUGUCCGUCCUGGUCCUCUUGUCUUUCUUCAGCUCUACCUGGUGCAAUCCCAUGUGCAACAACAAGUGCUGUCAGUUUGUGGAGGAAUUCCCUGUCAGGCUAAAGAAGCUCAGAGAGGACUAUUCGCAGAUCAGAGACUUCUAUGAAGCAAACGAUGACUUGGACACAGCGCUGCUAGACCAGAGCGUCGAGGACUCCUUCAAAAGCCCGUUUGCGUGCCACACCAUGGACAGCAUACUUCACUUCUAUCUGAACACUGUUCUGCCAGCAGCCAUGGCUGGAGUGACGAACGAUACCAAGGACCUAAAGCCUUACAUGGAGUCCAUACAGCAGAUCUUCGACGAGCUCAAAAUUGAGGUCACCAGAUGUAGACACUACUUCUCCUGCAAAAAACAGUUUGACAUCGAUCUUCUAAACUCCACUUACACUCAGAUGGAGAGUAAAGGUCUAUAUAAGGCCAUGGGCGAGCUGAAUCUGCUCUUUAACUACAUUGAGACAUAUCUGGCUUCUAAACGGCACAGAAACAGAGCAGCUACUGUUUGAGGACCUGCUGAUCUCGAGGAGCCUAAUCAAAAUGUGACCUUGUUCAUCUCAGGGAAAAAAACUGCUAUUGACUCUGCAUUCAAUCCGUUACUUUCAGUUGUGAGUGUCGUCAGACAUUGUUGUAGCCUGCUGAACUGUUGUCUUUGUUUUUCUGAGACUUCUGUUUUUGUCCUGGGGACAAAUUUCUGUAGGACCAUAUUGAGUCCUACUCAUUUGAACAACUAUAACUGUCAACUAUAAGGCUGUGAUAUUUAUUUUUUUAUAUCAAAUAAAAUGUGUAUUUUUGUAUUUAUGAUGACUAAUAUUGUAUUGUUGAAGAUGAAUAAAUGACUUG